AUGCAGGAGAGAGAGAGAGAGAGAGAGAGAGAGAGAGAGAGAGAGAGAGAGAGAGAGAGAGAGAGAGAGAGAGAGAGAGAGAGAGAGAGAGAGAGAGAGAGAGAGAGAGAGAGAGAGAGAGAGAGAGAGAGAGAGAGAGAGAGGGAGAGAGAGGGAGGGAGAGAAACAAUAGAGAAUCAAAGCAUAAUAAUACUCCUAAAUGAAGAGGGAACCGCUGCCCCGUUCAUUUUAUUAAUCAGACUGUCAAUUCCAACCCGAGAGGCCAAACCCAGGACGCUCAGAGCAGACUCAGAUCAGCCCAGGGACUCGCUCACUCCUCACCUCUCCUCCUCCCGCUCUGCUUGGAUCUAUCCCCUCUCCCGUCGAAGGCCGCCUCCAUCACCCGCUGACAGUCUCCUCCUAUUUAUUUGCUUAUAAACCUUCUUACAAUAAAUGAUCAUUCCGGAAACGUCACGCGAGCAUUUAAACAACGAGCGGCCAGCACUUAUUGACGUGUGAUAUCUCUGAAGCGGUAGCCGGAAGGAUGCUUGCUUUAAAACCAGUCGCUUGAUCCAGCAGCACGAUUGCAUUCAUAUUCUCGUGUUUUUUUUCCCCGCGGCUUGCUUGCUUGUAAAAAAAAAAAAGAAGAAGGUUUAGAGACAGUUAUUUAGAGAGAGUUGCUGACUUGAAUGCGGAUUAAGCUCAGUCACAACUCAUUGGUGCGUCGGGACAGGUGUGCGCUUUUUUUUUCUUCUUCUUCUCCUCGCGCGGCUUAAUGAUGGAGAGGAUAAGAAAAGAGAUGAUCCUGAUGGAGAGGGGUCUGCACAGUCCCAUCGCAGGGAAAAGACUCUCAGACGCGGCGGGCAACUCGGUGCUCGAGGCCCUGGAAAACUCCCAGCACGGAGGACGUCUGAGCCCGCGCAUCACCUCCGCCUCGCUCCAUGGAAGCCACUCGGACGUUCCCAGCAAAGGCAGCAAGUUCGAGAUCGACAGUCUGUUCGGGCCGCACCACAACAACGAGAACAGCUCCUCGGCGGACAUUACAUCCUCGGAGAACAGAAAGAAAAUGAGUUUGUACCCGGAAGUCUCGCAGGAUUCCGAUAUUAACAGCGAUGUGGAGGUGGGGUGCCCCUCGCAUCGCUCCCCGAGCCAGCACAAGGAGAACAAUAAAGGCUUUUCCGACAGUAAUUCUGGAACCUCCAGCUCCAACUCUAUGUCCAACCUCAACGGGAACUCAAUGGGAGGAUCCAACAGUUCUAACGCCGACCAGGUCAGACGGUACCGGACUGCUUUCACCAGGGAACAGAUCGGAAGACUGGAAAAAGAGUUUUAUCGGGAAAAUUACGUUUCGAGACCAAGAAGAUGUGAAUUGGCCGCAGCGCUAAAUCUGCCAGAAACUACAAUUAAGGUGUGGUUCCAGAACCGGCGCAUGAAGGAUAAGCGGCAGCGCCUGGCGAUGUCCUGGCCCCAUCCGGCCGACCCCAGCUUCUACACCUACAUGAUGACGCACGCGGCAGCUACCGGAAGUUUACCGUACCCUUUCCAUUCCCACAUGCCUCUACAUUACUACCCGCAUGUCGGUGUCACAGCGGCAGCAGCUGCCGCGGCCGCGACAGGUGCCGCCUCGUCACCUUUCGGCACUUCCAUCCGCCCUCUCGAUACUUUCCGCGCUCUUUCCCAUCCCUACUCGCGCCCCGAGCUCCUGUGCGGCUUCAGACACCCCGGACUUUACCAGUCGCCCGCAGGCCUGAACAGUUCCGCCGCAGCAGCGGCAGCCGCGGCGGCGGCAGCAGCGGUGUGCGUGCCGUCGGCAUCGGGGCCUUGCUCGUGUCUCAGUUGCCAUAGCAGCCAGGCGGCGAGCGCGCUGGGCUCCAGGAGUACCAGCGCGGACUUUACCUGCACAGCGUCCGGCCAGAGGUCCGAGAGUGGAUUCUUGCCCUACUCCGCCGCGGUGCUCAGCAAGACGUCGGUGCCCUCGCCGGAUCCACGAGAAGAGUCUUCCCUGAAUAGAUAACUUAUAUUAUCUAUAUAAGUUAUCUAUCAGAUUAGAUAACUUAUAUUAUCUGUUGAUCCCCAUGCCCCUCGCGCUGUGAACACGACGCGUCACUUAACCCCCAAGGUCAAUUAGUCCCUAUUUAAAACACACUUUUAUUUCCGUUUUAAAUGGUUUCUCUUUAGUGACACCAUAAUGUGUUAUCUGAGCACACGCGGGAGGGCUGAGGACUCAAACCUGCAUUUAUGCGGAUUCUGAUUCUGAAGGCUUUCUAGUGAAGGCCUUUCGGUAAAUGUUGUUUAUUUUCUACGAGUCGUGCUAAAUCUGAAGAGGACAUCUGGGCCAGACUAAAGACACAAACACUGCGUGCUAUACCUACAGCUUUACUUGUGGUCUUUUUUGUAAUAUAUAUUGAUUUUAUUUAUUUUUCAAAUUCAUCCUUCAACGCCCAUGCAUCUUCAAAACAACUACACCACGCCUGUUAACUCGUUUUUUACGAGGCCCAACGCUAACAAACCCCCAUAUUCAGUAGCAUACAUACGUCCAUGAUGUUAUUCUAAAGACACAAUGAGAAUUCUGGUUUAGAUAGUAGCCUACAAAAUAUGGCUUUUGUACCCAACUGGAUAUCGUUCACCUCUGUUCUAAUGGUGUGAAACUGGAUUUUGGCAGCAGUGGCUCCCCCCCCCCCCUCCU